AUGAAUAGCAAUAUGAAAGGUACACAUUUGAAAAGUGUAGAAUGUCCUGAGAAAUGUAAUAUAAAAUAUAGCAAUCUAAAACAAAAAGAUAAUAAUGAUAAUGAAGAGAAAGGUACUACCAUAUUAAAUAAAGAAGAAAGAAAUUAUUCUAAAACAUGCUUAACAAAAAAUAGUAUAUUAAAAGAUGAACAGGUUAAUAAUAUAUAUAAUAAUGAUAAGAAUUAUAAUGAGGUUAUUUCUGAUAAUAAGCAUAUAUAUGAUAUACAUUGUGAAACUAAUGAUGCUAACCUUGUAGAUAACAAAUCAAAUGUGCAUGAUAAAAAUAAUGAACAAAAUUUAAAUAAUAAUAUAACAGAUUUAAAAUUAUCUGAUGAUGAUAAAGAAACGAAAGAUGAUGCAAAUGAAAAAUAUAAUAAAGGAGAUUAUGAAGGGGCAUUAAAAAUAUGGGAAAGGGGUUUAAGAUCUAUCAAUUAUGUUUUAUCUAAAAGAGACGAAUUAAAUCCUGAUAGAUUAGAAGUCUUUUUGAAGAUGCAUACAACAUAUUGUAGUAAUAUUGCACAAGGUUAUAUGAAAAUAAAUAAAUAUUCUGAAUGUGUAAAAUAUUCAUUAUUAGCACAAGAAAAUGAUAAAAAUAACAUAAAGAUAUAUUUUAGGUUAGCUAAAGGUUAUUUUAUGUUAGGUGAAUAUGAUAAAUCUAUUAAAGUACUAAAUGAAGGUAUUAAAAUUAACAAAGAUCCUUCUUUAAUUAAUUUAUUAAAAUUAGUUUUAAAAAAAAAACAAACACAUUUGGAAAAAGAAAAACAUAUGAUGAAACAUAUUUUUCAAAAUCUCAAACAAAAACCUUUAAUAAAUGAUGAUAAUAAUAACAAAUCUUUUUUUUAUAAUAUCUCUUCUUCUUUAAAAUUCAUAUUUAUAUUUCUUUAUGCCUUUUUAAUGAAAAUAUGCAAUUUGGUUUUUGGUUCAAUAAUGGACAAAUUUUGUAAAGUGCAUAAAAGAUAA